AAUAUUAAAAAAUUUGAAAUCUUUAUAUUGAUCGGACAACGAUAUGUGAAAGGCUGUCGCGUCGGGAAUCGGAGCUAUAAGGAGGGCGAAAUGGUCAGGGACAUAGAAUGGAAGGGAACAUGCGACAAUUGUUUUUGCGCCAUGGGCGGCAUUCGGUGCGUUCCGCUGUCAUGCGCUCCUCCACUUCAGGGUUGCACGCCGAUCGUACGCGAAGGACAUUGCUGUCCCUCGACCUACAACUGCAGUGGAAACAUCGAGGUCAAAGCUGCUCAGAACUACGCAUCUUAUGCCUUCAUCAGCAAAGAUUAUGCCAAAUUUCGAAAAGAAACGAAUUUUUACUCCCUGAACGAGCAAGAGGCCGAAGAAAUGGUUGGUAAUUCGACGGUGGAGGGCCGAGGUCAUAAAGAUGCUGUGGAGCAAUCGCAGUCGAAUUCCACAAUUUUGAAAACGCCACUCGGUUCCGUGGACACAACGAAAACUUUGAAUUUAUCCUCGCCCACUGAUCUCGAAGCCUCAGACUCGAUGGGAAAUUUGACGACUUUAAAGACGAACAACGUGACGACGACGUUUGAAAAUACAACGGAAAUAAUAACGACUUUUUCGAGACAAGAUCACGAGACGAUGGACAACGAAAUACCAACGGAGACUCAAAAACUAGAUAAAUAUUCGAAUCAACAAGAAACGACCUUUUCCAUGGAUUGGAUGAGCAAUGAAACCACAGAAAUCCCAACAACCCUGGAGACGAUGACGAGCUUCGAUUCGACCAACGUUCCAACGACCCUGAUGAACGAUGAAACGAUCAGCUCGACAAACUCCAUUGGGACCAAAGAAGAUUUGUUGGAAUCAUCGGUAAUCCCGAUGGAACUGUCGACCACCCAGACCAGUGACAUAACAACAUUGGAUUAUUCAGGCAUCGAUUACGCUACGGUAAUUUACGAGGAGAAAAAAAUGAGUUCACUUCCGGAAAGCUCGGAAAAUAUGAAGAAUCUGGAAAAGAAAAAUACCGAGAAAAAAGCGACGACUCGAAGAGUCGUUGAGAGUACAACGAAAUUCUUGAAGGUCAAUGACAUCAAAGGAGAUAUCAGCGAAGUAGAAAAAGAUUCUCCACCGACUUUCGGAAUCGGCGAGUCUUCAGUUAUUUCGGUCAAAGGACCUGCCACUGGCAAGCCUACGACGGUGCUCAUGCCUGACAACAUGUUAGUCAUUAACGUGACUCUGAAGACGAAUGUUUCCGUUGGACACGUUCAAGGCGUCACCAUGAAUCCUGUCAGAUCGAUUUCACCGGAUAUUGAAGCGAUACUCAACAUAACCAAUCGUAAGAAGGGGGAAGAUUACGAUUAUGACUACAGCCAACCCACGUUGCCACCUUCGCUGCCCAACGUAAGAAUAAUUCCGUUCGUCGCUGCGGACGCUCUGGUGAAACAAGACGAAGAAGCUUCGUCGAUGGUUACAAAUUAUCCUUUUGGACCUCCAAUUGGUUUGGCACCCCAGGAACUUGGUCCAACUGUCACUUCCGGUACCGGAGAAAACUUUUAUGACAUCGUUACACAGAAAAACCGUUUCAGUCCACCCAUCGAAACCGAAGGCGGCUUUGUGCCUCGAGAGCCUUUGUAUUUUGAUGCCCCAUUCCGAUCGACCGAUCACAACGUUGAAAUUCACAGUGGCGUUACCGUAAUACCGGCGGAUAUAACGAACCCUCACCGGAAAAACGAUGGUAUUUGCGUAUUUGAGAAUCGCAAUUAUCGUCACGGUGAUCUUCUGCCGAGCAGCGGACGUUGCAUAAUAUGCAUUUGCUAUUACGGCGAAGUAGCAUGCUCCGAUGAGAAAUGUCCGCUUCUCAAAAUUGGCUGCAGUCGCUUGAAAAAUGACAAGAUCUGUUGUGGCAAAGUCAUCUGUGUCGACGCCGAGGAGUCACCAACCCUGGUCCUGGAUCGUGCAGAUGCAAUUGCGCCCGCACCGAGAGAGCCAUUACCCUCAUUGGAUGGAAUGGUAUCUCCCGAUCCAUUCAGAGAUGUCAUAAAGACAAAACCCGCUCCUGAUUUGCCCUCUCUGAUCGAGGACAUGAUUCCUUACUUGGUUGAGCAUCGAAUAACCAAAGCACCAAUGUCCCCGACGACACCAGUCACGACUACCAAUCUGGAGCCAAGCGUAGUCGGUAGUUUUGAGAGACCGCCAGCUCACAGAGUCGAUCCAGAAAGAAUUGAACUCCAGGAAAUUCCGUUCAUCAACGCGCAUGCUCUCAAACCCUCGAACACCAAUAACGAAACUUCUGCUUUUGAUGUCACAAAUCGGACAGACAGUAAUGACCAACUACACAAAGAGGCUCUUUCUAAUCCAGAACCAAUUAAACCCGCGCUCAUUAGCCCGAGUCAACUACUCCCUGUCCCGGAAAACGACGAGGAAUCUUCGAUCUUCUCGUUCGGUAGUGUCCUCGAUCUUUUGUUCUCUGAAAAUUCGGGACUUGAAGGCACCACUGAAACUUCCAGCUAUUUGCAUAAAUCUACAUCCAAUCCCACAGCCAACAUGUCUUCUAAUCCAUUGCCCGAUGCGCCUGCCACUUACUCAGCUCAUCAACCUGUACAUUUGUUGGGGAAUAAACCCAACUUGGGCUUUGGUUCCAGCGUUCCCACGUCUAAUCCAGAAAGUAGUCAGUCCAAGUUCAGCCUCCAGGAUGCUUCCGAGUCCAGGCCCAAUAUGACAUUAGAAGCUUCGAGAAAAUCAGCUGCAGGACAACUGUCAUCAUCUGUGGAGUCUCAACAGAAUAGACCGUCUAAAGAGCCCUCGAUUAAUUUGUCCAAUGCUAAGGUUCCUGGGACCAUCUCGUCCAGCAGCCCUUCCAAGUUCGCGUUAGAGAGCAUGCCUAAAGUCAGAAUCAAUUCAACGUCAGGGUUUGUGGAGAAACUCGAUGAAAACCAAUCUGUGACGUCAACAAGCUCAGGAAACCAGCAACUCAACAAUUCGUCGUUGUCGACUACGAUCACUGCUGGCAUGUCCAGUGAUGCUGAAACUAUCACGUCAAUUAAGAUCAAAGAGGCCGAAGACACAAGUCCAAAAGUUCAGGAAAAUGCUGAUACUUGGAUCAAGAGUGAUUCACAUGAGACGACUGCAAAUGGAUCGGGUGACUAUGAAGUCGUGACGUCAGCCAGUGGUCUCCUUAAGCUCGCUGGCUGCAAUAUUUACGGUCGAAUGUAUCGGGUCGGUAGAAUAAUUACAGAACUUUCCAGCCCUUGUCUUGAAUGCAGAUGUACGGAGGUUGGGGUCCAAUGUAAACAACUUCAGUGUUGAUACAUCUCUUUGUCGCUCUCUCUCUUUCUCUCCCUCCCUUCUCCAUUCAUUCCUCAGCUUCUACUUGUCCCCUUUUCUCAGCUUUCUUUCCGCGUUGUACUUAUGCAUCUGCCUCUGUUGUGUUUUCCAAGGCAGUAAGAAAAAAAAUCAAACAACUCAUCGAUUCCUAUUCAUCUUCUCACUUUCUUUCCAUUGGCGAUCCACACUAAGCAUGCGACGUCUCGCGGAUUUUUCUUGAACUGCUGUUGGAGUGCAAAGCAGGUGACCUGUCACGUAAUAUUAAUGUCGUUAAGUGGUUUUAGGAACGGUUAUCAACAAAAAUGUACGUAUCCAUAAAUUUGUCGAAGUUUUGAGUACGACUGGUCCAUGUUUCCAAUGCUAAAUCAUGCACAACUGUCAAAAUUGCACUCCAAUAGGGCCAUUUUUCCGUGGGAUACGAGCGCCGGCAUCGGUAGUGUUGAUCGCCAACUGUUCAUUCAUCCUCCUCUCCCUAAAUAACGUUGCUAUUGAAAAUACCGUAGAAAAGACUGUUCAAUUUUUUUAAUCAUUGAUAAACGAAGAUAAUGGAAACUUAAAUUCCAUGGAGAUGCAAUUUAAAAGAGAGGCAAAAUCCUCAUAGCCGACGACACAGAUAAGUUAUUUUACGGGAACGAAUCUUUUUAAACGUGGAACAUAAAUUUACAGAGUAAAAAUCUGCGAAUUCAUAUAUUCGUAACAGUAUUUAAUUCGGAUAACGUUCACUAUUUUCAUUAAUUAACAGAUAGCGGUUCCUGCCUUCGGGAAUGGUGUUUAAUCUCGGUAUAAAAUAAUUACAAGACGCUUAUUCGUACAACAAAUCCAAAUUUAAAGUACAUUUUAUUUGCUGGAUUUGAUCAGCAGUCUUUCCAGAGGGCCCGCAUAUCCAAGAGUAUACGGGAAUUUUUGAUAAUCAGAGAUAAAGAACUCCGCCGAAAUAACUGCACUUCUAUUAAUGAUCAAAAUUUUUUCACAGCGUACUUGCUCUCGUGGGUAGAAAAUUUGUAAAUAGAAGAAAAAGUGAACAAGCGACGCACAAGAUUUAUUUUUCACCUAUUUUCAAGUUUACUUCUCUUUUUUCAUGACAUCAAAUUAUGAUUUUCGCUUGCCUCGUAUUCCCGAGACAAGUUUUACUGCGUGUGUGAGCGUGUGCGUGAGUGUGUCUGAUUCAUUUGUAUUUUUUUCCAUCCUAGAAUACGUUUUCUCUUAUGUGAAUCAUUCUUAUUACACCGAUCAUUCGUUCCUUAAGCAACAGCAAAUCUGGAAUGUUGCCAAUGAACUCUCACUACUUCCGUUUAUAUGUAAACAGCUGGUUAUUCCAGUUAAGAAUAUAAUAAAUAAAAGCAUGAAGCUACA